CGCAACACAAUACUUCCUGUUGGUGUACCUGUUUUCUUCUUCUUCUUCGAUUAGUACCAUUUCCCACCCAUUUCGUCCACUUUAUUUCUAUCUGGAAAGGAAACUCCUUGUGGCAUUAUCUAACGCUUUCCAUUACUUAAUAAAGCGUUAAGAUGUCUGGAGGUCUAGACGUUUUGAGUUUGAAAGAGGAGGAUGUAACCAAAAUGUUAUGUGCUGGUACCCACGUUGGCACUGAAAAUGUGGAUUAUCAGAUGGAGCAGUAUGUCUACAAGAGGCGUGCUGAUGGUAUCCAUGUGAUCAACUUGCGGCGCACCUGGGAGAAGCUGUUGUUGGCUGCCCGAGCCAUUGUUGCUAUUGAGCACCCCAGUGAGGUGUUCGUCAUCUCCUCCAGGCCCACCGGACAGAGGGCUGUGCUCAAGUUUGCAGCUCACACAGGCGCCACACCCAUUGCUGGCCGUUUCACUCCAGGGGCUUUCACUAACCAGAUCCAGGCUGCCUUCAGGGAACCUCGCCUCUUGGUUGUGACCGACCCGGCUACUGACCAUCAGCCCAUCACUGAAGCUUCAUAUGUCAACAUUCCAGUCAUCGCAUUCUGUAACACUGACUCUCCACUUCGCUUUGUUGACAUUGCAAUCCCUUGCAGCAAUAAGUCUCCUCACUCCAUUGGACUUAUGUGGUGGCUGCUUGCUCGAGAAGUGCUUUACUUCCGAGGUUCUGAACCCCGAGACAAGAAGUGGAAUGUUGUGGUUGAUCUCUUCUUCUACAGGGAUCCUGAAGAGGCUGAGAAAGAGGAGCAAGCCACCAAGGAAGUAGCUCCUGUGGUUGUGCCCAAGGCAGAAACUGAGUACGUGAGUCCGACCGAGACCUGGACAGAAACUGCUGAGGUGCCUGUGCCUGCCACCGGACAUACCAACUGGGCUGACGAUGUAGUUCCCCCUACUCAACCUGCUGCAGCCACCACUUUCCCCGCCACUGAGGAAUGGCCCGCUCAGGUGGGAGACACUGGUGACUGGUCUGUACCAACUGGUGCCAACGAAUGGGGCAGUUCUACCAAUACCCAAUGGUAGAAUAUAAUGUCUUGAUUACAUUCUGCUUUUGAAUAAAGAAUGAGAUUUUAUAAAAACUA